UUCUUUUCCACAGGACGAUUGCCUUAUUCAGUGACCAACGCAAAUAGAAAAAUAAAAUAAAGAUGGCAUCUGAGAAUGAAAUAGCUAUUGUGGGUAUAGGAUGCAACUUUCCUGGAGGUGAAGGAAUUGACAGUUUCUGGAAAGUGUUAGAGAACGGCAGAAACUGCACUACAGAAAUACCUCCAGAAAGAUUUAACAUUAGAGAGUGGUAUGAUCCAGGUGACAACAAACCAGGUAAAAUACGUACAACUCGUGCUGCUCUUCUUGAUGAAUUGAAUGCAUUCGAUAACAAGCUGUUUGGCAUCAGCAAUGAGGAAGCUGAGCGUAUGGAUCCUCAGCAAAAGUUACUCAUGGAAUGUACCUACAGAGCACUGGAAGAUGCAGGAGUCACCCCUGAAAACAUUAGUGGUACCAAAACAGGGGUUUUUGUUGGCCUGAUGAAUCGAGACUAUGAAUCUAUAACCAGCAGGGCAGUUGCUGAAGUAAACCAUUAUGAUGCCACAGGGGCAGCAAUGAGUACAGCUGCUCAUCGGAUUUCAUACAGUUUUAAUUUGACUGGACCAUCAAUUGCCAUUGAUACAGCUUGUUCAUCUUUUCUCUCUGCUUUGGACCUUGGUUACAAAGCCAUUAAACAAGGAGACUGCGAAUCUGCUAUCUGCGGAGGAGUAAAUUGCAUCAUAGAGCCUUGGAAGUUUGUAACUCUGAGUAAAGCAAACCUUUUAUCACCUGACGGAAUUAGUAAACCCUUCUCUAAACAUGCAGGUGGCUAUGGAAGAGGAGAAGGAUGUGGCGUUCUUUUAUUAAAGCCACUGGUAAAGGCACAGGAAGAAUUCAACAAAAUAUGGGGCAUCAUCAGCAUCACGGCAAUCAACCAGAAUGGAAGUUCUGUUGCUCCAGGCAUGCAAUCAUCUCAAGCAGCACAAGAGAAGUUGUUACUUAACAUUUAUCCCACAUAUAUUGAUCCUUCAGCUGUUCAGUACAUUGAAACAAACGGUCUAGGAAUCCCUACUGAAGAUGCCACUGAAGCAGAGAGUUUAGGCAAUGUCAUUGGCAGAAAAAGGCCUCCCGAUUUGCCCCCUCUCAAGAUUGGCUCCGUUAAAGGGAACAUUGGGCACACAGAGUCAGCUGCUGGGGCAGCAGGCUUAAUCAAAGUUCUUCUCAUGAUGCACCAUGGGAAGAUAGUCCCAUCCUUGCACUUUUCAGAGAGCACCAGCAGCAUAAAUACAGGGAAACUGAAUCUCUCCAUCCCAACAACAGUGGAGAAGUGGGAUGAGUCUGCUGAAUAUGGCAGAGUUGCUGGGAUCAGUUGUUUUGGAUUUGGGGGCACCAAUGCCCAUGUGGUUGUCAAACAAUUUAAAGAGGCCCAGGUUACCCUUCCAACCAAAAGGCCCGUCGAAUUAUUUGUCAUUUCGGCAGCUUUAAGAAGUUCUCUCAAACGGGCGAUAGAAGACACAGCUAGGUACCUUAAUACCAGUGACUCAGCGACACUCCCAAAUCUGGCCUACACAUCUGCUUGUAGAAGAAGUCACAUAAACCACAAAUACAGAAAAGCGUUUGUGGCAUCCUCUCUCCAGCACUUACAGCAACAGCUCAAUUCAACUGAAAUGGAAACUGUGUCACGGAAAAAGCCUGCAGAAUUGAUCUUUGUGUUCUCCGGUAAUGCUUUGAAUUUCAAAGGGAUAUGUAGAAUCCUGCUGAAAUCUGAGCCCGUCUUCAGAGACAAAUGUAUUGAAAUCAAGCAAUUAUUUCAACAGCUUUCGCCCACUGGAAUUUUGAAUUUAACAGAAAGUGAGCACAAUGAUUUGCCCAGGCCUGAAGUUGCCCAGCCCUUACUCUUUACACUGCAGGUGGCCUUGGUUACACUCCUGCAACACUGGGGCGUUAAGCCAAUUGGUGCUGUUGGCUAUUCAGUUGGCGAAGUAGCUGCUGCCCAUUGUGCUGGCUUGAUUUCCCUGGAAGAUGCUGUCAAAGUCAUCUACCACAGGAGCAGGCUGCAGGCUAAAGUCACUGGAGGCAGAAUGCUGGUGGUUGGCAACAUUCCCAUUGCAGAAGUGUCAGCAGCCCUUGGGGCAUAUUCAGGGAAAGUCUGUGUUGCAGCAUUUAACAGUCCUUUGUCUUGCACAUUAUCAGGAGAUGAAGCGUCUAUCCACGCCAUUCAGAAAGAUCUGGCUGAGCACUUCAGUAAAAGAAACAUAUUUCUUCAUACUUUAGAUGGGCCAGCUGCAUAUCACAGCCACAUGGUAGAACCAGUACUAACAGAACUCUCAGAAAGCCUAUCAGAAUUAAAGAAAGGGAAGCCAGAGAUUGAGCUAAUUUCGACAGCAACAGGGAAGGCCGUUUCAGAUGGCGAUUUUGUUACAGGCAGCUACUGGGCCAGACAGGUUCGGGAUCCUGUUACUUUUGCAGAGGCCAUAAUGACAUCAGUAAAAGGCAAGGACAACGUUGCAUUUGUGGAAAUAGGUCCUCAAAGAGCUUUGCAGAGAUACAUCGUGGAAACAUUAGGGACGCAAACCAGAGUUUUUCAUUCUUUGCAAAUGAAUAGGGAAUAUGUGACUCUUCUUAAUCUAGUGAAAGAUCUUUUUGAAUUGGGAUUGAAUGUGAAUUGGCAGCAUUUUUAUGAAGGUUAUCAAAGUGUACCAUCACCUUAUCCCAGGUAUCACUUUGAUCAUCAGAAACUCAUGCUGCAUCAGAAAGCAAAUAGCAGAGGUGUAAGCUCAAGCCAUUCUUUAAUUUGCAGUAUAAAUAAGGACAACUCAGAAUUCAUUUGUUCUAUCUCUGAGGCUCUGAAACCACAUUUAUAUGAGCACAAGAACUACUGUGCUGCAUUAAUUCCUGUAGCUGUUUUGGUGGAACUUGCUCUGGCAGCCGUGAUGACGAGCUCAAGGCCAAAAGUACCCUUAAGUUAUUGUCAAAUGAAUAUAUUUUUCCCUGCACCAUGUGUUUUAAAUGAAAAUCUCCAUGCUUUGAAGAUAAAGGUUGAGCCACAACAGACAGUGUCAAAGUUCAGAAUACAAUCAGGUUCAGCUAAUACAGUUUAUGCUUCAGGACAAGUCAGAAAGAAUCCUGAAACUUCAAUUGAAGAAAAGAAUAUUUCCUUAAAAGACAUUUUUCAGAGGUGUAGAUCUGUUGUUUGCGAAGAUGAGGUUUAUGAAACACUGGCUCAGUCUGGAUCCAACUAUGAUGCUACUUUCAGGCAGCUAAGUAAUGUAUUUUAUUGUGAAGACUUGAAAGAAGCUGUGACAACUGUUACAGUGAAGAGACAAACAGUAGAAGAAAUGUACGAGUAUUAUAUCCAUCCAGUCCUUUUAGAUUGUUUUCUGCAAAUGGUAGGUAUUCUGGCUGCAGUUACUUCCAAUAACAAAGUAGUUUUACCUUCUGGUAUAAGUAGUCUUGCAGUUGCUCGAUCAUUGGAAGAGGAAAUGAUUAUAUAUUUAAAAACAACCAAGUCCACUGACAAUUUCUUAGAGUUUUGUGGAUGCUUCACAGAUAAACAAGGCUCCGUUCUGGUAGAACUGAGAUGUGUUCGAAUUAAUUUGGUACAGGAAAUUCCCAGGAAAGAAAAUGAAUUGUUGUUUGAAAAUCAGUGGAAGGAAAUAACCUCUGAUCAAGCAAUGCAUAAUCUGCCCAAAGCACCUCGAGUUGUGGUGUUUGCUGACAAAUUUGGAAUAUCGCAGCAGCUCAAGAAUUACUUACAUAGCGAGGCUAGAUUUGUUGUGUAUCAGGAAUGGGAGAAAUUGUUGGCAGCUAAGAGAACAGAUACCUAUGCACAAAGUAAGAUUAAUAUGGAACUGCAGGGAUAUAAUGAUGUUCUGUUUAUGUGGGGCAUCCAAAAACUGAAUGAAAAUUUGCCAGAGAAAGUGGUGAAACAUUCAGUAAGAUGCUGUGAGGCAUUUCGCCAAGUUGUUAUUGCAUUAAAGGAGAAGAAGUCCCAUUGCUCCAUUACAGUAAUCACUUACAGGACAUCAGAAAGGAAAGUAGACAAUAUAAACACUGGCUUUGGUUUGUACGGCAUGGCUCGAACAUGUAUGGUUGAAGUCCCAGAAAUAACAUUUCAGAUUAUUGACAUCAGCUCUACAAAUGCAAUAGAUAUCUCGGCCUUAGCUGAUGUUUUAGUAAAAUAUAAAGCACAGGAUUAUCCAGAAGUCUGGAUUGAUGAGGGACGAAUUUAUAGUUCUGAAAUUAGGCGCACACAGAUUGAACCCACAGCCUUCAAUACGCCUUCCCACCCACUUCAGAACUCAGACUUCUGCAUUUUGUAUACAGGAGAUCCAUACUGUAUGAAUGAUCUGUCAGUUAAAGUUGCCAAUUCACGUACUCAACUUGGCAACCACAGUGUUGAAGUUCAACUUGAAAAAAUAAGCAUCCACUCAGAAGACUAUUUCCCUGUUAGCGUGUCCAGCUGCAAGUUUGGGAAAACGUUGUAUUGGAAUUCAGAUACUAUAGAUAAACACAAGCUAUUAGCUCUAGACUUUACUGGCACUGUAACAGCAACAGGUAGUGAGGUGAAAAAGGUAAAAGUGGGCGAUCAUAUUGCUUCAUGUUAUCCGGUUUCUGCAGCGUCAAGAAUUAAUAUUCCAGAAACAGUUUGUUUCAGUACUCAAAAAUUUCCAUGUUUCAGAAAUAUACCAUGCACUUCGUUCUUCUGGGUAGCAAGGGAGAUUUUUCAUCAAACGCUGCCAGUGCCAAAACAUAAUGAAAUAUUAGGUAUAGUUUGCACUGAGGCUGAGUCAGUUUUGUGCAAAGUGCUUACUUUUUCAGCUCAGGAAUUAGGUUGGAAAAUAAUAGUUACAAACCAUACAACUGGUCUAUGGCAACGUGUUAAUCAGUGCAAUGCCCUUAUUUUUCUACCUCCACUAAAUGGACUAUUUAAAGAGGGCCUAAGCUGUCUUUUCCAUCUCCGAGAUGUUGUACUGGUUUAUGGCAAUGAACAACCAGAAUGUUUGAGGUAUCUGGCUGGGAGUGAUCAUGAAAAUAUCCAUAUUCACACUGUCAGUCUUAUCCGCAUUUUCCAGAAAGCAUAUCUGAUACGAUCUCAGAAGGAGAUGCAUUGUUGGCUGAAGUCAAUGAAUAUGAAACAAUUAAAAGAUAUCGCAUAUUUCAUUUUUCAGCAAGCAGGAAAGCAUCUGAGGCCUGAUGUUGCAUCCUAUUUCAACUGCAAGAAUUUCCCAGUUGCAGUACUAAAAAGUGAUGAGGAAGACAGCAAGAUAUCAGAUAUACCCGAGACUGAAACAGACAGGAGAAUGUUUAAGCAGAAUGCAGUUUAUAUAGUCGCAGAUGAAUUCACUAGGCUUGGCUUAGAAACUGUAAAAUUUGUAGCUCAGAAUGGAGGCAGGUGCAUUGUGCUACUUUCACAGAGGAAUCCAAGCACUGAGGAGCAAAAAGAAAUAAAUGCUCUCCAGGAUCACUGUGAAGGGAGCAGAAUAGUCAACUUGCAGUCUAACAUUGUUUGCAGUUCAGAGGUUGAGAAAGCUAUCAAGUCGAUCAGUAAAUUUUUCCCAAACUCUCCUGUUAAAGGUGUAUUCCACAGUGCUAUGGCUUUACAUGAUGGGCUUCUUGAAACCCUCAACAUGUCUAACUUUGAGGAAGUUUUAAAUCCAAAGGUAGCAGGGGUAAUCAAUCUUCAUCGUGCCACGCAAGGCAGGGAGCUUGACCACUUUGUAUGUUAUUCUUCUAUUUCAUCGUUUCUUGGAAACGCAACACAGUCCAACUACGCAGCUGCCAAUUCUUUCCUGGAUCUCUUCUGUCAUUACAGGAGAAACAAUGGCCUUCCAGCGCAGUCCAUUAACUGGGGUGCUUUAAAUCUUGGAGCCUUGCAAGAUCAACAACACUAUCAAAAUUAUAGGUUACAAACGAAAGGAAUAGAGGAUCUGCAAGUGAACGAGUUUCAUGAAUAUCUAAAAAGAAGCUUAAUUCUGGAUAAACCUCAGCAAGCUGUGUUAAAAUUCAAUUUUCAAACUUUAGUUGAUCAUGUUUUAUCUCAAAAUUUGUCGCUGAAGAGUCGUUUUUAUGAACUUGUUUCUGAAGAGGCAGGUGGUAAUCCUGAGCUUGCUGGUGAAGCUGGAUUCAAAAACUACUCUCUAAAUGAGCCUGUAGAUUAUGCAAUCGCACUUUUGAAAAGCCUGGCUAAAACAAUCCCUGUUGAUCUUUCAAUGCAUACGCCACUUUCAUCAUUGGGUGUAGACUCUACAUUAGCCUUUACUCUACAGAAUCGUAUCUUUACGGAAAGGAGAGUGGAAAUACCUCUCACGAAACUACUUGAUCCUCAGUCCACUGUGUCAACUUUAAUCUUAUACUUGAAAGAAAAUUCUGACACAACCGAUUCUCAUGGAGCUGAAGGUACUGAUGUUGGAAGCUGGUUGUAGAAAUGCAUUUCCAGGAAUUAUACUAAAUUAAUUAUCAGUAAUGGCUUAGUGUUCAGGGUUUGUUUUUUGCAGUUCAAAACCUCAAAACCCCUUGAUCGCCACGGUACUACUAGUCCCCAAAAUGGAAACCUCUCUCUAUACAGGACACGUUCUGGCCAUGCCUAUCACCACAGUCUGACGGGUAAGACAUGAGCACAGUAGGUGGCUUGUGGCAGAAGAUAUAAAUGCAUAUGACAAAUGGAGCAAGUCCAAUGUCUUUUCAGUUCGGUGCACAAUACAGAAUUUCUGUUUAGCUAUGAAUCUCUGAUUGUGCAAAACAGACGUAUCUGUAUGUAACACCGCAGGCCAACACAGACCUACCUGGCAUGAAGCUCAGUUGAAAAAAAAUGGUGUUUAUUUCUAAGUAGGCAUGUAGAGUGUUGCUCUGGAGGCAUGAAUAUGAUUGCAGCCUUCAAUUUCUAGCAUUCAAUUAUUUAAGUACAAUUGAUUAUUAUUUUUUACUGUUAUUUGCUAGGUGGAAUAUGAAUUAUAUGGGAAAUGUAUUGAUUGUAACUUUAGUACAGAUAAUUAAUUUGAAUGAAGAGUUAUAAUGGGGUCUUUAUGCAAAACAUAUCCUAAUUUGUAUUAAUAAACUCUUGUGUGGUUCUAAUAUUUGUAUUGGCCUAGGAACAGGAACAGCAAUGCUUGUGGACGUGUGGAAAUCAAAAAUAACUUCAGGGCACAUGUAUUGUGGGGGAAUUCUGUAUUCGGAAUUAUGGAGCUACUGUAUGUACUUUCCUUACUUGUAAGAUACGAGAGGGAGGUCCAGCAGCAGCUAUUUUAACCAGCUGUCAUUGAAAAUCAAGCCUCCACAUCAUGUCAAUUGACUGAAUUCAAAUUCAAACCACGGAAAAAUUGUGUGUGUACACAAGACAGGAAUUCAGAAGAGGCCAAGAAGACACCAUAACGGCAACAAAAUGGGACAAGGACCAUUUUCAAAGAUGCUACAAAGGUUAGAAUCAGAUUUUUAGAUGAUGAGACAGAAGGUAGGCACAAUAUGCUUGGAGAACACAACCAAACUCUCCCUCCUCCACCCCAGCCGCAACAUUCAAAAACAC